AUGAUUCAUACGUUUGUAAUGAAUGGAAUUCGAUGGUCACGGGCAAGUGCAGUCGUUGGUGCUCGAAAAUCCUGUUUUAAACGAACAUUUUGGGGGCAAAACGUCUUAAAACGAGAAGAACCAAAUUCAGAGGCUCUGGGUGCAAAAGAUGCGGAAUCUUCUGUGUCAGAGGAUAUAAAUAAGUCUUCUGGGGGGCCUUCAGCUGAUUGGGAGCCAUUGGCUUCUUCAGAACCUACAAUUUCUGUUAUAAAUCCAGAGAAAGAAAUAGCAGAAUUAAAAGAUAAAUACUUGAGAUCUGUUGCAGAUUUUAGAAAUCUUCAAGCAAGAACACAGAGAGAAGUGGCUGAUGCGAAAUUAUUUGCGAUUCAGCAAUUUGCAAAAGAUUUGAUCAAUUCAGUAGAUAAUUUGGAAAGAGCAUUAGCAACAGUGCCUGAAGAUAGUCGUACAAAUGUUGAAAAGAGUAAGGAGUUGGUUGAUCUUUAUGCUGGUCUUAAAAUGACUGAAACAAUUUUGAACAAAACAUUGGAAAAACAUGGGCUAAUAAAAUAUGAUGGUCUUGGAGAAAAAUUUAAUCCAAAUCUUCAUGAAGCGGUUUAUCAAGCAUCAAUUCCUGGAAAAGAGGCUGGAACGAUUUUUCAUAAUGAACAAACAGGGUUUAUUUUAAAUGGACGUGUAAUUCGUCCUGCAAAAGUGGGUGUCGUUAAAGAACAUUGA